AAUGCGACGCCACGUCGUCCUAUCGAUUUUUGUUUUUGCCGGAAUAGUAUUUGCGGCGGAAGAAGCAGAGAAGCUUCCAAAGUGCGAACACGUGGACCCUUAUGAGAAUUUGGAAGGCUGGUUGGACCUGAAGCCUCUCACCGAGAGAAAAUGCAAUCACACUUUAAAAGAGAACCUUACUGAAGCUGAAUCCAAGAAAUCCGAAUGGGGAAUUAAGAGCUUUGCUUUUGAUGCUCUAUCUUCGGAGAAGCUGGGACCGAAUAGAAAUGUUGGAAAGCAGGCGCAUAAAUUAUGCGAAGAAGAAAAGUACGAUGCCAGUUAUUCCACAUCAGUGGUGGUAAUUCAUCACAACGAGGCUCUCUCUACGAUCCUUCGAAUGAUCAACGGAAUCAUCGAAUUUACUCCAAAAUCGCUUCUCAAAGAAAUUGUGCUCUAUGAGGACGCUUCUGAGGAGGAUCACGUGCUCACUAAGCAUUUGGAAAAGUUCGCGAAGAUUAAGGGACUCGAGGAUAAGCUGAUCAUUAAGAGAAGCGAGUAUAGACAGGGUCUUAUCCGAGCAAAGGUUCAUGCUUCAAGAUUAGCUACCGGUGAGGUUAUUGUGUUCAUGGACUCCCAUUGCGAGGUGGCCGAGAGAUGGUUGGAGCCACUGCUACAGCCGAUUAAAGAGGAUCCAAAGAGCAUCGUCCUGCCAGUCGUCGACCUGAUCAAUCCAGUUUCCUUCGACUAUUCUCCAUCGAUGGUUGCCAAGAGUGGAUUCGACUGGGGAUUCACGUUCAAAUGGAUCUAUCUUCCAUGGGAAUACUUUGAGACGCCCGAGAAUAAUGUGAAGCCUUUCAACUCCCCAGCCAUGCCAGGAGGUCUUCUGGCGAUGAGGAAAGAGUAUUUCGUUGAGUUGGGAGAAUAUGAUAUGGGAAUGGAGAUUUGGGGAUCCGAGAAUAUUGAGCUCUCGUUGAAGGCUUGGCUCUGCGGCGGACGUGUCGUAGUUGCUCCUUGCUCACGUGUCGGCCACGUGUUCAGAAUGCGCCGCCCGUACACCUCAAAGCCAGGAAUGGAUACCGCUUUGUACAACGCGGUCAGAGUUGCCAAAACGUGGCUCGGCGAGUAUGAGUCCAAAUUCUUCGCUGUAAAGCCACGUGGCGCAAAGAUGGUGUUCGGAGAUUUGACAGAGCCAAUGCAAGUGAAGGAUCGUCUCAAGUGCAAAGAUAUGAAAUGGUUUAUUGAGAAUGUUUAUCCAGAACUUGAGCCAAAAGUUCAUGAUGAACUAUAAUUAGUUAACGUAUUUUAAUAAAUAUUUUGAGUUU